AUGUCCAGCCCCAAGUCUGACGGUCAGUCUUAUCCCGAGUCAAGCUCUUUGCCGCCAUAUCCAAACGCCCAACCCAACAUCCAUCCCCAUCACUACAGCGAGCAAGGACAGGCGAUGAAUCCUGAUGCAGGAGAGAUCAGGGGCGGUGAUUGGGAGUCAGGCCUAUGUGACUGUUCACCUUGUGGGUCCUGUUGUCUCGGUUCCUUCGCGCCAUGUCUGCCCUAUGAUCCAGUUGUUGGGAGAACCGCUUCUAGACUGCAAGACCCUACUUCCCAGUCUCCCGAUAUGUGUAACGGCGACUGCAUGAUCCAUGCUGGCCUCUCGCUACUUUUUGGAAGUGGUUGGAUUUACACCAUGAUAAAACGAGGUGAUAUCCGCCAACGUUUUGGAAUUCCCGGGAGUGGGUUCGGUGAUUGUUGCACGGCCUUUUGGUGUCAGUGUUGCCAGAUCAUCCAAGCUGAUAACGAGGUUAAAGCUCGUUUGGCCCCUAUGGUCGAUAGAAACGGCUACAAGCAGGUGGGAGGUAUGGUCGCUCAUCAGAAAUGA